AUGGCCGGCCAAGCCACAGGGGCAGCAUCACACCUACUCUCGACGCAGCGGGCGCUCGUCGAGACACUCACGUCGUUUCUGACCGUUGCAACCCACCAGAUUCUCUAUCUGCGUCGCCUGUACCCGGCCAUCUCAUUCCUCUCGACGCGGGCGUACAACUACCCGGUGCGCCAGAACCGGCAUCCCGCAGUGUGCAAUUGGAUCCUGGACGCUGUCGCAGCGAUCCGCAACCAGCUGGACAAGAACACCGUCGAGAAAGUCGCCCUCUGUAUCUACGAAUGCAAGAGCAAUCGAGUCCUCGAACGGUGGACGUUUGAUUUGCACUCUCUGCCAGCUGUCGCGAGGCGGGAUCGCGACAUCCCUUUUGGAUUGGCCUCCUCGGCCUCCACCUCCGCCGCCGCCAUCACUGACUCAAACCCACCAGAUGAGGCGGAGGGGUUAUUAUUGGCCCGCAGCCUAAACCUGACUGACUUGGAAGCCAACUUCCGCGCGACUUUGUCCCGCAUCAGCACUGCAGCUGCGAAACUUCGUCCCUUACCCGAAGGCCCGGACGCGCCAGAAUGUAGUUUCACCCUGGCAAUCGAAGUCAAGGACGCCGCGGACCGACCUGUUGGUCGCCUCGAAAAGGAAGAGCGCAAUUGGAUGGCUGCGGAGCCUGACGUGUUCGCUGGCCAUCAUGAUCCUGAUCGUGUCGCUCGACCUGUUUCCACAACACCCGGGAAUCCAAACAACCAAGCCGGCCAGCCUCGUCGACCGUUGUCCCCCAAGACUCAUCCAGUGCGCCGCCUUGAAACCGGUGAGCUGCGCAUGGAAGUCUGGGUCGAAGAGUCCGCCGCCAAGUUUGAGUAUGGUCCACCGCCGGAAUCUGCGUCACUGCGGGCCUCUGCAUCUGUCGCCCAGAGGCGAGCGAACAUGUCCUACGGCGCGGGCACGGAGAUGUUCCAUCCUGGCGGCGGAGAUGGAGACGAAGACGGAUAUGAUCUCGAGCCACCCAAUGUUAACCGCAAGCCACUGGGUGGUGCUACAACGGACUACCAUCGUGGGUGA